AUGUUCCACAAGAUUCAUAAGACAGUAGUUCGACACCUCCACUCCAACACUUGGCUCAUACCCACCCCGCCGACAGUGCCAAUAGAAGACGACGGAAUAGAAGAUGUAAUGCAGAAGUUUUCGUCUUUUAUGCUUUCAAUGCCCGCUGAUAGCCGCGACGACGAAAGAGUCCUACGGGGAGUAUUUGGCAGCUCAUAUAAUGCUCUCCUCGAAAUAACGGCUGAUAUUCUGGUGAAUCCAUGGUUCUCAAGGACUUGGACGAUCCAAGAAGCUUGCAUAUCUCCAGCUCUUACAUUCUAUAUCGGCCGUCAUCAUAUACUCUGGGGAAAACUAGAAAUUUUAGUGGACACACUUACAGGAAUCUACAAGCCUCUGCUAAUUACCACAGGGGCGAAAAGGAUAAAGGCGAUACAAAGGAUUCAGGGAAUGUUCUUUUCUACUUACGAGAAUAGCUAUAGCGAUUUCAACCCGAGCAAGAUGACAACACCGGAGGUUUUUGCAAGGCUGUUGGUUGAAACACAGGAUAAGGAACCCCAGGAUCCUCGGGGCCACAUUUACGGAAUUUUAGGUCUUCUUGAAUUUCUAGGAAAGGAUAUACCAGCCGAGUUAAUGCCUGACUAUAAUCAGCCGUACGAGGAUCUCUACUGGAAAUGCACGGCCUAUGUUCUGCGUUCAACUGGCGACUUACGGCUUCUUGGGUGUAUGGCAAAUGAUGUUGAAAUUGGAACUUGA